AACACAACCUCAAUGCACGAUUGUUGUAAUUCAAAAUCCGGCUGCUCAAAAAUAAUGGACGAACAGAUGCCUGAGGAAGUGGUUGUGCGAUUCGAAGAACUCGGUGCUCUUGAGCACGAGUUUGAGGAAGCCGAGCUAGAGAUCAUCCGCAAAGCCGAGGCGCUCCAAAGUCCUCUCUACAAGAAGCGCGCCGACUUCGUCGCUAACAUUCCACACUUUUGGUCGCUUGUCUUUGAGCAAGCACCUCCGGAGAUCGACAACUUCAUCCAGCCCACAGACUCCAAGGUCUUCGCAGAGUGCCUCGAAACAUUUGAAGUCUCGCGGUUUGAGCUAGACGAGCCAAAUGGCUCACCUCGUAGCUUUUCGCUCAAGCUUGGAUUCAGCGACAACGAAUACUUCGAGGACAAGGUACUGGAGAAGAAGUUCUGGUUUAGGAAGACAAAGGACUGGCAGGGUCUGGUUUCCGAGCCUGUCAAGAUCAACUGGAAAAAGGGCAAGGACCUUACGGGCGGCCUCACUGAUGCGGCAUACAAGCUAGGCGAGUUGAGGAAGAAGCUUGGAGCCGACACUGCGAGUGGUGCUGCGAGAAAAGAGGAGGCUAAGUCCAAGGAAUACAAGAAGCUGGCGCAAUUGAUCGAAACCGCUACAGAUGCUUCGGUCAGCUUCUUCGGCCUCUUCUCGUUCGUCUCGGGGUACCGAUGGGUCAGCGCCGAAGAGUCAGCGCAAGUUACAAAGGAAGAGAAAGAGAGGUUCGAAAAGAUCAAGCGGGGAGAGAAGGUUGAGGAGGAAGAUGAAGAAGAAGAGGACCCGCAAGACUACCAGGAGAUCGAGGUCUUCCCUGGUGGUGACGAGGUUGCUACCAUCAUUGCUGAAGACAUGUGGCCCAACGCUAUCAAAUACUACAAGGGAACCUUUGACGAAGACGAAGACGACGAAGAGCUAUCGGACCUUGAUGUCAUGGAUGCUACCGACAACGAUGAUGAUGACGAUGACGACGACGACGAGCAAGAGCCUGUUGAUAUCCGCGCCUUGGUAGGCAAGGGUCGGAAAUCAGGACAGGAGCCUCCCGCGAAGAAGCAGCGCAAGACUUGAGUAUACCAACACAUGAUGGCCUAAUAGCUACUUCUCUAUGUUAAGGGACAGAUGAAAACAAACCAUAUAUACCCGGUGAGGUCUGCCAUAUCAGCUAGAUUUUCACAUGUAAUGAACGAGUUGAUCGACA